CAACCUCGCAUUCGAACCUUAGAAUCCGUAUUGUGAGCUUCUCUGCUAGCCCGCCCGCGCUCGAUCACUCGCUCGCUCUAAUUCGGGAGCCGCGCGUUAUACAAUACAAAAUACAAAGGCAACCGAACUUUAAAUACAUGUUACUUCAAACGGUUUGUUUGUUUUAUUUUGUUGAAGUUACCUAGUAAGUUACAUCGCUCGCAUUGUUUUUGUUUUUUAAGUAAAAGCGCGUGUAUCGCGCGCACUGUUUUAAACUAUCUUAUCUUUUAAAACCGGCGCCUAGAACUUGGAUCAGGAAGAAGUAUCAAGUGGAAUUAUUGUGCGCGCAACGUUUGUUGACAGUCGAGCUGCCUUGUGAUCGUUUUACCAUGCAUGCUAGCCAUGACGGAACCAGCAGUUGAACAUGACUUGGGGCAACCCGGCAUUACUAAUGGAUGAAGAUGUGGACUCACCAAACGACUCGUAUUAUUCCUCGUCAGAUGACGAUGAGACACCCUUGAAAUGUUUUGAAUGUGACGUUGAGUUUACUGGAAAGAAGUUCCUUCACAAUCACCUUCUGCAUCAUAUCAAACAACCGUGGGUGUCGUUAUCUAGAGUGCAGCUGGCUCCUAUAAAGAUAACUCUGAAGAGCACCAGUGCUAACAAUUUUGAAAUAGUGUCGUCGCCUCAGGCGUCUCCGAAGAUUGACGACCCCCAGGACACGGCCUAUGAGGCCACAGAGUCCUCGGUUGAGGACGAGGAAAACGAAGAGCAACACGAACAACUGGAGACCGAGGAAGAGGAAGAAGAAGACGAGGAUAGCGCGGAUCAAGAGCUAGGAGAAAUUUCGCCGUCCGCAAACAAUGAAAGUGAAGGAAUCCCAGAGGACGAGAAUACGGACGAAGAUGGUUCGGAAAUAAUGACAAAUGUUCGAUUCUCGCCGACGUUUAUCGGAGACGGCCUCGAGAGCGAAAACAGCCAGGACGAAGAAGUCGGGAAGCAAACAGACUACAAUCAUAUACCUGGGGCGGAGCCGACACCGCCACCGGAACCAUCACCAGAAUAUCCGAAAAUUCGCAUUAAGAGUGGUCUCUUGAAAGAGCCGUUGACCAUUACAGAGAUCACCGACGAUAAUCCCAACGGGGAUUAUAAUCAGACAGAGUACAAUUCUGAAUGCACGCAUUGGGCGACGCCUUCUCUAGAAGAUCCCCUGAGGCUUCCGGAAACCGGUGAGAAUGACAGUAGCAUUCUAUCGAACCUCUUUACCAACAACAAUGACAGGGCUAAAGAUCUAGGUUUCACUACCAGUGAUCCGGAGUUUGUUUCAUUGGAAUCAUCCAGUCGAACCUCCUCUAACAAUGCUUUGCAAGUUUUUAACUCGACGACGAACUCGACGUCGUCGAACAACCCUCUCGACACCCUCAGCAACUUACCUAUGCAACAAUUGGCACAGCAGGUUUCAAGGUUGCAGCCGAGCGGGAACAAUGGCAUGCACCAGCAGAAUGUUUUAAUAAACAUUCAGCAAUUUCCACAGGCUCCUCCACCUCAACCGCAUCCGUAUCAACAAGUAAUGUACCCGCCGCAUCCACCGCAACCCAUGUAUCAUCAGCCAUAUCAAUACCAGCCUCCAAAUCCGAUGUAUUAUCCUCAAACACCAGCAUAUUCUCACAUGCCGCCGCCGCCGAGGCCCCAGAUGCCGCCACCCGGUCAACAAAUUCCUCAAAACCAGCAGCAGCAACAACAACAGCAGCAGCAAGCAAACAAUCAGCAAGUGCAAUAUAGGCAACCCAUGCAGUCGCAUCCUAGACAGCAACAACCGAUGAUGGGACCACGACAUGGGGGUCCUGGAUCGAGAGGCGGCAUGGCACGUGGCGGCAUGCAAAUGGGCCCAAGAGGCGGCUACGGUACCAGGCAACCGAUGGCGACCAGGCAACGCGCACCUAUGUCUCGUGGUCGUGGAGGCGGUUUAAUGCCAGGAAUCCGCGGUCCUCGCGCUCGAAUGCCACUACCGAAUGGAGCAGUUAUGACACAGAACGGACCAAGAAUGAUGAAGCGAUCUCCAGAUAUCGUGCAGAAUAUGCAAGCUAAGCGCAAGAAGAUAGACGUACUUGUACCUGACAAACAUGACGAUGCAGACUGCCAAGUUAUAGCUGUGCAGCCAAAAAAUACAGGCCUUCCUCAAAUACAGAGCAUACAAGGAAAUUGUCAAGAACCUACUGAUAAUAACAUUAUGCAUCUAUCAGAUUCAAUAACUUUAUCAGUAAGAAAUCCUCCUCAAAAGCCACCAAGUCCUAAGAAGUCUGAUGCAAAAGAUGUUGCCAACAUUUUGGCAACCAGGGGAAUCACUGUCACAGCCACUCCUAAAUCAAAAGAGAAUAAGCAACAUGAUAAAACCACAGAACCUCCAGUGGCAAUCAAUCUAAAUAGUUCAGUGUGCAUAAUACCAACGAACAAGAAGCCAAGUGAAAAGAUGACUACAGUUGAUUUAACUGAAGAACCUGAACCUCCACCACCACCUCCGUCAGCACCAAAGCAACAUUUACCCAAGCAGCAUACAUCUUCUAAUAAAGUGCUACCAUUCCAGUGUGAUCUAUGUCCUGCAAAGUAUCCAAAUUCUUUCAGUUUAUCGAAGCACAGGCAGACAUUUCACAAGACUGGGAGUUCAGCAGAUUAUGGUGUUCCUCUGAUAGACCUCCGAACACCAGGGAUAAUGCAGAGGUUGGCUAGCCUAGGUAUACACAAUUACAUCCCUCUGCCUGGCGCAAAUCCUGACUCGACCUUUGCUUUGCCGAUAAUUAACUCCAACACUUAUAAGAACGGCAAUCUGAAUGCAAUUGGUGCUACUUCUGUGCUCACUCUAGGACCAAUCCGAAUGUUCAGGGCGACGCAAGCCAAUAGCAAAUAAGCCAAGUAAAUGAAUAUUCGCAAGAGGUGUAAUGCCAAUAAAAUGAAAGACUUUUAUUUAAAUUAUUUAACAUAUAUUUAUGGAAAAUUUAGAGAGACUGAUUUUAUGUUCCGUUAUUACUG